GACUGACUGCGAGGCCAGUGUCGACCGCCGAGCUAAUGUAACGCACGUACACCCAUUAUCGGACAGCCGGGGUGUUACGAUGGACGGCUGUUACAGACUUUUCUCUGCUCAGCUGCAGAAACGAGUCUGUUCCAGUCGACACAGGCUCCGACCCGCUGAAUACUCUCACGUCAAAUAGUUCAGCAGACUUUAGUUAGCUCAUACUCAUGCUAAGUGGCUAGGUGCGCAUAUAACGUUAGCGUUGUUGCGACACACUAGCUAACAGCUAAUUCUCCGCUGUGUCUGGACACUGUCGCCUCAAAGUCUGUCAGUAGACAGUUUCCCACCUGGGGACUACACCUGCUGUUAUUUGCGUUAAAGGUCAACCUUCGGGGCGACGUAAAGAAGAAGUUAUGACACUGCCCACAAGUUUAAAAUGGCAGGGCUUAGGUUUGUCCGAUAAUGGACGCAGGGGUUCAGAGUUAAUGCUUGCGCUGAACACAGAGUCACUAAAGCGGAGUUUGCUUGGUGAAUAAUUUAGCAGCAAUAAUGCAGGACUGCUGUCUAAUUGCAGCUCAGUUCAGUGAGCCGUGUGCUUGUUUGUCAGACAACAUUAUCAGAAGAAACGUAUGAAAACAUAAUCCGACUGUUGUCACAACAUUAAAACUAUUAUCACUGUCAGCGGACCGACAGUAAUAAUUAGGGUGGAAAUAAUAUUUCUGCGUCAACAAACUGUCAGGAAACUAGUUAGAAACUGUAGUUAGACAACCACAACAUCACGGGUUGGAUUUGUGCAGAUGUCAUGAAGAAAACAGAAGACUGUGAGAUGCAGUUGAAAGCUCUGGAAAAAUGCUGCUGACUGGAAGCUGGAUGAACCUGCGUGGAGCGGCAGGAUGAAAAUCACCGCUAAAGGCAAGAUGGCCUACAUUAAGUUAGAGGACAGAAACACAGGAGAGUUGUUUGCCCAAGCUCCAGUCGAACAGUACCCAGGGUGUGUAGUUGAAUCUGUCACAGACUCCAGCAGGUAUUUUGUGAUCCGGAUAGAGGAUGGAAAUGGACGUCAUGCUUUUAUCGGUCUGGGUUUUGCUGAUCGUGGAGACUCGUUUGACUUCAACGUAGCUUUACAAGAUCAUUUUAAGUGGGUGAAGCAGGAGGGUGAGCUCGCCAAAGCGGAAGCGUCUGAGAGCACAGCACCUAAGCUGGACCUCCGCUUCAAAGAGGGACAGACUAUCAAGAUCAGCAUUGGGAACAUCAAGAAGAAGGAAGCAGGCGCCAAAGCGCGGCCCAUGGGUGGCGGCCUGCUCCCACCUCCUCCAGGUGCAAAGGCGGGAGGAGUCAUACCUCCUCCCGAGGGACAGCAGACCGUCUCUGAACCGACCAACACUGCGGCUCUUUUUGACUUUGGGUCCCCCGUCCCUGCAGCCCAACCCGGCUCUGACAUGUGGGGAGAUUUCACAUCCGCAGGCUCCAACUCCAGUAAAGAUGCUGUCAAAUCAGGAUGGGUGCAGUUUAGUUGAGUUGUGAGAAACGUGCACACACUCAGGUUGCAUACAUUCCAUGGACAGGACGAUUGUGGAAACAAAAGAAAACUAAAAAGAGAGGAACUGUUAGCAAACUUGACCGGCUCAUUCACUGCACCUGUUCUGUAAAGAAUCUGUUGACAUAAACUAAAGCCCGCUGACCAACACUCUCUGGAGGAACAAACAGUGAAAUGUAUAUAUUUUUUACAAUCUUAUUCAUAUGCAGUGGGGGGGUCUUUCUUUCCCUUUCACUGUUAAUCUGUCCAGAAAUCAGAUUUGUGUCCCUUUAUAGUCUCGUCUUUACAGCACAAUGCAUUUGUUUUCCUGCUCCGAUCAUGCAGUUAUCUCAUUACACCAGCACCACUCAUCUCAAGGUUGUUUUUUAUCAUUUGGAAAAAGGUAAAUGGUUUACCUACUGAAGUAUCCAUGUUUCUUUUUCUCUUUUUGCUGUAUACCAGUACGUGUGUUGUUUCUGUUUCCUAGUACUUUUAGGAGAUCUUGCAAAGCUAUAUUGAUAUUUGAUUAUGAGUUUUACAUUUCACCUCUAUAGCCUUCAUGAAAAGAUAACAGAUUUUAAAAAUCACGUUGUUGAAUAAAAAAAGUCAUGAUUGCCAUUUUGUCUUUUGUUCAGAGUUUGAAGAGUUUUUUUUUUUUUUUUUGGGUUUAUUCAUGUUUGUUUUUGUGUCCGACCUUCAUGUGUCUUCGCCUCGUGUGUUGUUGCUUUUUAAAAAUGUGCCUUUUACCAAAUUGACACUUCCUUCCUUGUUGCUAAUUUGCAUUGAGUAUUUGAUUAAGUGCCUUUCUGAAAAAGAUCUCUUCUUGUCUUGUAAAUAAACAGUAUAUUUCAUCGGC